GAAGAGCAGGCAUCCCAGCACUGUACCUUGGGGUAUGCCCAAGUCAACAGUUACUGGAUCUGAAUACUCACCUUCAGCAAGGACUUGCUUCAUGAGGAACUGUCUUAGCCAGUUAUUGAUGUUACCAUCUACACUGUAGUUCUUAACCUUGUGCAGAAUUCUUCCAUGGGUAACAGUGUCGACAGCUUUCGAGAAGUAAAGUAUGACCGUUGAUUUGCUUCUUGGCAUCAUGUCGCUGAAUGAGGCCAUGUACUGUUGUUUAGUACCAAGAUUUAUGCAGCAAAAGUUGGGCAUUCUGCAGAUAGGCAAUGAUGCCGACGUUACAGCAUUCUUUCCCGAAACAGAUGGUGAUGGUGCAAACAUUAAGUGGGCUCGUGGUGUCAACACUUUGGAUAAAUUAGAGCGGGCGCUCUACAGCAGGGAUGUCCACAUGUUAGAGGCAGAUGUGAUGUUGCGAGGUCAGGGGACAAAAGCGCAAGAGCUUGUCCCUGUGAUGGCCAAGUUUCCGGAAACUGAUGGGGAUCUCACCUUUGACAAGUGGUUGGAUGAGGUGAUCAAAGCUAACACAAAGGGAAUAAAACUGGACUUCCAGGCUAUGGAUGCUGUUGAAUUAACUUUGCAAAAAUUAAAAAACAGAAAAGAAGAGUUGAAGGUACCAGUUUGGAUACAUGCCAAUGUGCUGAAAGGUCCUUGGGGAGGUGCACCUAAAGUAGAUCCGACUAGGUUUGUUAAGGUCAUUCGCAAAAUGUUUAAAGAAUGCACCAUCUCCUUCGGCUGGACAACAGGACAUCAUACAGAUCUUAGCCAGAGUGGAUACACUUGGGACAUGGUCUUCGAUAUGUACUACAUUGCUCAUAAUCUGGAAAUUGAACCACCAAUCGUGUAUGAAGCGAGGGCCUCAUUCUUACAAAACUCUGUUCCCCAACUGAAGUGGUUGGUUGACAAUACUCGGGCAAUGCUAUUAGUGAAACAGGAUCCCAUGGAUGUAGAAGACAAUUAUCAUGAGAACUUAAUGUACGUUAGUUACAAGUUCCCGCCCAAUAAAGCAUUCUUUGAUCUGACAAAUGAACAGCUGGAAUAUUACCUGAAAGAAAACCGUCACCGAUCAGGUCAGAAACUUGAUACCAGGGUUGAAAUGAGGGACACUUUGAUAUUUAGGCCAGAAGCAUGGGUAAAGAUGGGAUUCCAUAUGGAGGCUCACUCAAUUUUACCGAGCACCGAGGCAAUUGUUUUACAGAGUAGGGCAGUUUACAUGGUGACAAAGGCCAAGUACAAGCCUACUAAAAAUGUAAAACUGCAAGGUCGUGUACAGUUCUUGAAUCGCAAGAAUCUCCAGGCUGAGGAUGGAAGAACUGGUUUAAGCAUAUUUGUACGAUCAAACGCGUAUAUGGAUUUUGAAAACAUCAAGGGGAUAAAAUGUUUCAUAGGACUUGAUGGUGAAGUAGUUGUUGAGAGUAGUAAUCUUCCAGGGAAAGCAUUCAGGGAAAGUCAGAGAAUGACACCAGGCUCGGUGAAUUGCUUCAGGUUCAGUGUUGUAGAUGCGGGUAAAGAAGUAAUCUUCACGGUCACAGUGUUACAUGAUUGCUUCACGCUGGAGAGUGUGAAGCCAAGUGAACGGGUAGCAGCCGAAAUGAAAGUAGCAAUACCAGCUGAAGUGGGAGGGCUGGCAGUAGAGCAUCCAUUUAUAGUUAAACUUGAAGACAGCAAGAGAACUGCUGUAAUUGAUGAAUUAACUGUCAAAUACAAGACAUAGUGAAAAUUCAACAAUUAGACAUUCUGUUUUUGAAUUUUUUUCGAGGUUUCAUUCCAUUUAUUUGAUUCUAAUUUGUAUAACAUCUUUAUUUAACAAAUCUAUAUAAGCUGUAAGCCAGUGCUUUUCAAUGUAAAUUACUAUUCAGGUAUUGUGCAGUCAUUAUUGUUCUUGGGGGUCUCAUUUUCAUGGUUGUGGCUGUUGGCAAAAUUUUGUCGAAGUGAGCAAACAAAUUUUCCAUUUAAGUUAUAUAUAUGCUUUGAAAUUUUUGAAUUUAUGUACCAAUGAAGUUUGGGCUUUGGCUGAAACUAUUCUUCUUCUUCUUAAUAUAAAAUAACUUUUUCACACUUAUUUUUCAUGUUGUUUUUUUUUUUAAAGUGUAUGAGGUGUAACAGGACAAAACCACCAUGACUAUAGGAAAAUUUAUUGUUACAUCGAUGGAAUUUUUUGCAAGUGUACGUGUAUGUUCCAGUAUAAUGUGCUAUCAUGUGUCUGUGCUCAAUGUUGAUUUCAUUUAUUAUAUACAUGUAUGUAUAAUGCAUCCUGAUUUAUUUUCCUAUCAUACAAAGGAGGCAUACAUUUUGUGAAAAAUAAAACUGCACAAAAUGGACAAAUAUUUGGUAGACGUCAUCAAAGAUGUAGAUAAUAAUCCUUGAUAUCGUGUUAGAAUCUAAAUAAUAUAUCUCAAACAGUGAUUUUCUUUCGAAUAAAGUCAUUGUCAUUCAGAUGUGUUAUAAUAUCACUUGGUCUAUGCCCUUGUGAUGUUCUUCCUUUGCAAGUGAACUUUAUUCAAUAACAAAUUCUCAAACAUGAACAUUUUAAUCAAAAAUUCAAAAAUACUGAUAAUAGCAUUCUUUUCUUACUAAUUUAAAACAUUUUAUUAAGCUUUUAUGAUAAUAGCACUAGAAUAAAAGGAUCUUCACAGCAUUGUGUGCCUUGGGUAAUCUGGACCUGGCAAAAUCCACUUCAUUGAAUACACCAUUAUCUGGUGAAGCUACAGUUACCUGAUAGUGAUUUUUUUUUUGCCCUUUUGGGAAAAGGUCCGGUACCGGAUAAAUUGGGAAAAAUAGCGGGGUUUUUACUCAGAUUGGGAAUUUUUAUAGUUAAUUAAUAACAUCAUUUAGAAUGCUUCUUCCUUUAAUUCCAUGUAAAUAGUGUCAAACAAACUGUUUAAAUGGUUAAAUCAUGGUGAAUGUCAAUGUAACUAAGUUUUCCUUCUGCAGUCAUCAAAAUGCAAACUUUUCUGGUCAUUUGGGGAAUUUUUGGAUGAUAAUUGGGGAAAAAGAUUGCAUUUUCAAUUCGGAAAAGGUCCUUUUAGGGGACCUUUAUAAAGAAGGAAAAAAAUCGCUGUACCAAUAUUGCUAUUAUAUAAUUAGUUUAAUGAUCUAUUCUUAUCAGAGUUACUGUAACACUUGUAUUGGAGGUGAAUGCUUUAAUCAAAGUGACUUUUCUGCUCAUAACUUUAAAAUUUCUAAGAAACUUUAAAAUUUCUAAGAUGUGUAUAAAUGAUCAUCUGAAGCUUGAAUCAAAUAUCAUGCUAGUCAAUAUGUUCAAUAUGUAAAGAGGAUUUUUACUGCAAACUGUUUACCCAUAUUGUGUUAUUGUAUGUUUGAGUAGCAUUUAAAUUGUUGACCUUAGAAAUUUUACACCUAUAGAAGUAGAAUCUCAGUCAUGAAAGUAACUAAGGAUGAAAAAGAAUCACAAAGAAGCUUAUUUAUCACUUGUUUGACAUUGCACGAGUGAAAUAAAGACAUUACAUAAAUUCAGUGAAAAUUAUUGAAUUGUUCGAAUUUCAACACAGAAGUCAUUUUUGAAGUUUCUGUUUUGAUUUUGUUUUGAAGAAGUGUGAUAUUGAGAUAAACAUAUUUCUUUGUUACCAGUAUGAAAAUGUACAAGAGGAAAAUCUGUUCUAGGUUAGUACGUACCUCAUUUUAUAUCAGUCUUGUAUGGGAGUCUGGUAUUGGGCUAUGUUACCAAGAUUUAUAAUGCUUGUAAAAUAUUUUGAACAAAUCUGUGUUUUGAUAAAAUUGUUAAUAAUUCGUCUACAAAUAAUGAAAUUAUUGUAUGUUUCAGAUCUGUACUGUUAUAUUUGGAAACAGAACUGUUGAAAUCGAGAAAUGAAAUUGUUGUUUCAGAGUUCAUAUGAAAUGAACAGCAGAAUUUGAUUGGCAAAUCCAUGAAUUGCGCUAGCCAUUUAUGGUUAAUUGGCUAAUCAUAUUCCUUCCUCCAGAUUUAUGACAAAACCAUUAAAUUUUAUUUUUCAUAUGUAAAGUUACAGGACUUUUUGAACUUUACAUUAUCAGGUUCAGAAAGAAUUUAUGGUUCAUUAAAAAUAAUCAUACUUUUUUUAAUAUGUGCUUUUGACAAAAGUCUUCAGGCAGCCAGGGUACGAAAAUUGCAAUUCUGAAAAAUAACCGAUUUGUUUGAUACAUUUAACCAAAUUUAGUUUUGUUAUUAUUUAAAGGCUAUGAAAAACUGUUCUUGUAAUGUGAUAAUUUAAUUUUGUCAGUGUAAGUCGUGAUGCAUAGACUUAAAAAUAUUCUAGAGUUUUGAUGCAUAGGCAUAGUACGACCAUCAUGCAAGAUACAGUAUUUUUUUUUGAGAAAAGAAACAUGUAGAUAUUUUGUAAAGUUGUUAAUCCUACUGAAAAUGUAUUUUUGGUACUAAAAUACAAGGUAAAAAGGGUGCCAUCCUACUAAAGUGAAUAAACAAUGUUUAGAUUUUUCUUAAUGAAUAAUAGGCCAAUGGAGAAUGUGUGCCAAAGAUAUUCAAAUAAGUCAUUUGUAACGUAAAAUAUGUUUGUCAUUUUUAAUAAGAAGUGUGUUAUUGAGCAUCAAGCUGGUGUUGUCUGAUAACAACUGUCAUGGUAUAUAAGUAACAAAGUUGUAGAAGUAACAAUACACAAGUAACCAAGGCAGAAAGUUUCUUGUUAAAGAGAAGUAUCAUGUUAAACAGACUAGGGUUUGUGGUAUGAAUGUUUACUAAUUCUCUAUUUUUGUACAUAUCCAAUUAUAAAAUUGUGAUACAUUUAUUUUACAUUUGAUAAACAGUAUACUAGUAUUUUGGCAAUAAAAUAAUUUUCUUUAA